GUAGUGUGUUGUUGGUUGGCGGAGGAACAUGGCGGCGAUCGGUGCUACUGAGGACGAGGAUUCUUCCAAGAAGAGGAAGGCUCACGGCAUGCUAAAACUUUAUUAUGGCAUAACAGAUGAGGGGAAAGCUGGUGAGAGGCAUCUGGAGCCUACAGAUAUCGACGGGGUCCACUUCAACCCAGAGCUAUACCUUACCAAGCUUAGGAAGGAGAGCUCACUGGCCCAGCUGAUGGAUGUGGAGUCGGAUAUGGUUCGCCAGAUUCGAGCUUUGGACAGUGACAUGCAGACCCUGGUGUAUGAGAACUACAAUAAAUUCAUAUCUGCUACUGACACAAUCCGUAAAAUGAAGAAUGAUUUCAAGAAGAUGGAAGAUGAAAUGGAUGGACUAGCAGCAAACAUGGCAGUGAUCACUGAGUUCAGUGCCUGCAUCAGCAGCACACUACAAGAGAGACACCAACAUAUUACCAAGCUUAGUGGUGUUCACACGCUCCUACGUAAGUUGCAGUUCCUAUUUGAACUUCCUGCACGUCUAAAGAAGUGCAUUGAGCUUGGAGCUUAUGCCCAGGCUGUGUCCUACCAUUCCAAGGCCCGCAGUGUCCUGCACCAAUAUCAGCAUAUGCCCUCCUUCCAUGGUAUACAGACCGACUGCCAAGCUAUUAUGGCAGGCCUGGCAGACACUCUCCGUCAAAGGUUCAGGGAUCCCUCCUCUUCUCCGCAGGAGCUUUCAGAAUGUGUAGAGCUUUUGCUAAGCUUGGAAGAAUCACCUGACAUACUAUGUGAUGAAUUUCUAGCCCAUGGGCGUGGACGCCUGGCUUCCCACCUUUCUGAGCUGCAAGGAGGAGGGGAUAUCUUGGAGUUUGUUGAUCAAGGCUGUGGUGGCUUCAUCAGUGAUACCUGCCUUCUGGCGGCCUCUUACCAAGCUCUAUUCUGUAAGGAACAGGGAAAUACAGCACAAAUGGCUGAGGAGAAACUUACUACAUUCUUAGAGGAACUAAGUGGGGGCUAUUUUGAACUGGUAGAGAAGCGACUUCGACAGGAGAAAAGUCUGGGAGAUAAUUCACUGUUGGUAAGAGCCCUGGAUCGGUUCCAUCGUCGGCUACAGGCACCAUCUAAGCUUGUGCCAAGGUGUGGAUUUAAUAGACGAGGUACAGAGAUAGUUGUAAAAGCAGCGCAAGAAAGGUUGGCUCAGUACCUGCAAGCAUUAAAAGAAUUCUUCCAGGGAUGUAUUACUGACGUCCGACAGGCGCUGGCAGCUCCAAGGCUACCUGGGAAGGAGGCCCCGGCACUGGGUGAAUUACUUGCACAGCUAUCUGCAGCAGUGCUGAACCAAAUUAAAACUGUAUUAGCUGCUGUGCACUUAUUCACUGCCAAGGACGUGGCUUUUUCUGACAAACCAUACUUCAAGGGAGAAUUUUGCAGUCAGGGUGUCCGUGAAGGACUGAUUGUAGCUUUCAUCAAGUCUGUGUGCCAAACAGCCCGGCAGUUUUGUGAAUCCCCUGGAGAAAAGGGAGCCAGCACCCCGCCAGUUCUCUUGCUGCUUCUCUCUCGAUUUUGCCUAGAUUAUGAGACUUCAACCAUCAGCUAUAUUCUGACACUAACAGAUGAGCAGUUUCUGGGACAGGAUCGCUCUCCAGUCACUCCUGUGAGUUCUCUUUGCUCACUGGCUCGUUCCUCUGCGCAGACCCUUCUUAACCAGUAUGUCAAGUCUCAGGGGUUGGUUGUAUCCCAGAUGCUCCGUAAAAGUGUGGAAACCCGGGAUUGGGCCACAACAAUUGAGCCAAGAAAUGUUCGAGCUGUCAUGAAGAGGGUGGUCGAAGACAUCACUGGUGUUGAUGUGCAGGUUGGUCUCCUGUAUGAGGAAGGUGUCAGAAAAGCUCAUAGCAGUGAUUCAAGCAAACGUACGUUCUCUGUAUAUAGCAGUUCUCGUCUUCAGGGAAGGUACGCGCAGAGCUACACUCCAAGUGCUCCCCUAGAUACCAAUCUUCUGAGUAACAUCCAGAAGCUGUUUUCUGAAAGAAUCGACAUCUUCAGCACCGUCCAGUUCAAUAAGGUCUCCAUUCUCACUGGUAUUAUAAAAAUCAGUCUGAAGACUUUCCUGGAAUGUGUCCGCUUGCGCACAUUUGGACGUUUUGGACUUCAGCAGAUUCAAGUGGACUGCCACUACUUGCAGCUUUACCUGUGGCGAUUUGUGAGUGACGAAAAUUUAGUUCAUUGCCUUCUUGAUGAAGUUGUGGGCAGUGCAGCCCACCGCUGCUUGGAUCCUUUGCCCAUGGAGCAGAGUGUCAUUGAGGUUAUUUGUGAGAGAGGCUAAAUCUCACUCUUAUAUAUGUGUAUUGUACAUACCUUAAACACUAAUCUGUGUCUUGUAUAUAUGGAAUAAAGAGCUGUAACCCCUUAAA